AUGCGGCCUCAUGGAGGAAAUGUUGACUCGAGUUACCGAGCAGCCGCUGGGCUGAAGAGGGCCAACUUGGGGGGACACUUGCUGUCCACCUUCAAUAAGCCGAAAGAGAAGGAGAAUGGACCGAAACCCGACACAUCCGAUUCUGCGGUACAGGCGCUGUCCCUCUCCAGUGAUGCGGAAGAACUGAGUGACCUCGAUUCCGCCGAUAUGCUUUCCGAAUCCGAGUUUGAAUUACUGGACGCUCGAAAAAGCACUUCCAAGACACAAGAUUCAACGCCAUUGGGACCCAAUUCGUCCAUUGGAGACCAUGCUCGAUUCAAAGUCACCAGGGAGCCCGCGAUUGACGAUGAGCCUCUUUCAACUGAGGAAGAAAUUAGCGACCGGGAUCUUGACUUCCAGAUCCCGAAGAAGAGACCAGCGCUGGAGACAUACGAAGAAAAAAAGCGUUCGGGCAGGGGUAGGGAUGUCGCGAAUGAGAGCGAUGGCGAGUCUCUAGUUUUUCACUCAUCCUGGAGAUCACAGUCAUCCCAAAGGUCCAAACGUGUCAAGCGCAACAUGUACGGGUCAAAUCCCAAGAUCAGAGUCCCCAAAUAUGUCGCUCGACCGUCUGCAAGUCCUGGGAUGGGCUCAUCACAGUCUGAAAGCUCCGAUUAUAAAGACUCGAGAAAGGAGAAUACCGAUAAAACGGGGAGCAGCACCACCGACGGUGGCAUGUCAGCUACCAGGAAACUCAAGCCUUCGUCUCCCAAGUUGGCGCAAUCUUCGUCGGGAUCGAAAAUCUCUACGACCCCGCCUAUUGAUUCUAACCCCGACUCUUCUUUUGCCAUCUCCUCGUUCAAAGAGCCUCUAUCGCUUGACUUGGAUGAAGAUGAUGAUUCUGGUCUCUCAUCUCUCAGCUCCCCACCGAGCUCUUUAGCGUCCGAACCCGACGAGCCACGGCCAGCAUUGUGUCCGAUGUGCAAGAAAGAGGUUGAUCCUCAACAGCUUGAGCUCUUCCUUGCUCAGCCGAAACAGCGCGUCCGGGAGCAAGAGAGGUUCUGUGCCUCCCACCAGCAAGGUUCUGUUGAAAAGGAAUGGGAAGCACAGGGACUCCCAAGUAUUAACUGGGACACAUUUGACCGGCGGAUUCAGACACACUUCGCCUCGCUCGAAAGACUGCUCAUUCCGGAUUGCACUUCGUACUACCGCAACAUUCUGGAGGAAACGCUCAAGACAGGUCAAGCGCAAAACUUUCGCCUGACUCUUGCUGGAGAUGGCAUCGAAACCAUAUCUUGCGGUUACUAUGGGACAAAGGGGUCCGGAAAGAUGCUGCAGGCGCUCACCGAUCGUUUUGCUGUCAAACUUCGCCGUCUAGCUACGUCCGAUCGCAUUGUGAAACAGGCAGGCGUGGUGGGCUACACACAAUCUGUGCUAGUUCCUGAACUUGCUGUUCGUCUCGUUAAAGAGGACAUGAGGGUGAGCGAUGAUGCUGCUCGUCAGAUUCUUCGUGAGAGUAUCGGACUCGGUGAGAAGAUGAAUCCUGCAACAGAUGAUGAUAUACCCAUACCGGAUGAUCUCGCGGCGUCUUUUGAAGAUGGCAUUUGA